UCAAUGCGCGGGUUGCCUGCGCACGCCGAAGAAUCCCGCAUAAUGGAGUUCUUUUGCGCCAAUGCACUGGUUUCAAGUGCAUUAGUUUGAUGUGCGUGAGGCACACUCCACCGUGUGCAUUUGGCAACCAUUUAGACGCAUUGAGAGCGAGUUGACAGAGAAAUCCUGGACUACUGAAAGCUCAAAGCUUGCAUUAUAUAAUGAAGAUUUUAUCUGAUUUAGACCUAAUUUAAAAUAUCUUGUUGAAUAUAAAGAGAGUAAACUGUAUUGCUCAUGAUGUGCAAUAGCUGCAGACUAUAAUGGCCUGAUCUUUAGUCACAUUUUUUCUAAAGACACAUCUGCAGAUAAGCAAUCUCAGGUUCUGCUGCACAUUUUUUUGAAUAAGCAAGCAAAAUGGAGCACUCAUUUAAAGACGGAAUUCGGACUAAUAAUGUCCAGGGACUAUGAAGAGCCUGGUCAGUCAGUAGGGAUGUUGGCUGCAGUGGAACAUGGUCCCGUCCUCUGCAGCGACUCCAACAUCCUCUGCCUCUCGUGGAAAGGGAGAGUUCCCAAGAGCGAGAAGGAGAAGCCGGUGUGCAGGAAGCGCUACUAUGAGGAGGGCUGGUUGGCCACCGGGAACGCCAGAGGUGUUGUGGGUGUGACGUUUACAUCCAGUCACUGCAGAAGAGACAGAAAUACCCCACAAAGAAUCAACUUCAAUCUGCGGGGUCAUAACAGCGAGGUUGUCCUUGUACGAUGGAACGAGCCGUUUCAGAAGCUUGCCACAUGUGAUAUGGAGGGAGGGAUAUUUGUGUGGAUCCAGUAUGAAGGAAGAUGGUCUGUGGAGCUGGUAAACGAUAGAGGCGCACAGGUUAGCGACUUCACUUGGUCACAUGAUGGUACACAGGCAUUAAUCGCCUACAGAGACGGUUUUGUCCUGGUGGGUUCAGUGAGUGGUCAGAGACAUUGGUCAUCUGAGAUCAAUCUGGAGAGUCAAAUCACCUGUGGGAUCUGGACACCAGAUGACCAACAGGUGCUGUUUGGAACAGCAGAUGGACAAGUCAUAGUUAUGGACUGCCACGGCCGCAUGCUCGCUCACGUUCUUCUUCAUGAGUCAGAUGGUAUAGUCGGGAUGUCCUGGAACUGCCCGAACUUUCUAGUGGAGGACAGCACUGAGAGCGAUACAGAUUCAGAUGAUCCUGCCCCGGCUCAAGUGCAAAAUCUGAAACCACUGCUUACAGUCAGCUUCAUAUCUGGAGACAUAAGUUUGAUGAACAACUAUGAUGACCUUUCACCUAACAUCAUACGCUCAGGACUGAAAGAUGUGGAGGUACAGUGGUGUUCUCAGGGAGACCUUCUGGCAGUGGCUGGGAUGGAAAGACACGGCUUGCCAUCGGACUCCAUAAUGAGGAACGCUCUCGUCAAGUUUUACAAUGUCCAAGGGGAACAUAUAUACACUUUAGAAACUCCAGCCCAAAGGCCCAUCACAACUAUCUGCUGGGGUCACAGAGAUUCACGUCUGUUUCUGGCCUGUGGACCGGCGCUGUAUGUUGUGCGUGUGGAGCAUCGUGUGGCCAGCUUGCAGCUGCUGUGUCAGCAGGGAAUUGCCAGUGCUCUUAAAGAGGAGAGAGAUGUGGGAAAACUGAACAUGCCCUCCCUUCUCUGUUCCUACGUUACCACAGCAUUCAUUCCAACUAUCAAGCCGCCUAUCCCAGAUCCAAACAACAUCCGAGAUUUUGUGAGCUAUCCCACAGCAGGGAACGAAAGGCUGCACUGCACUAUGAAACGUUCAGAGGAGAAUCCAGAGGCUGGAGGACCCUGCUACACACUUUACCUGGAACACUUAGGGGGCCUGGUGCCUAUUCUCAAGGGCCGUCGCAUCAGCAAACUGCGGCCAGAGUUUGUUAUCAUGGACCCAAAGAUGGACAGUAAAGCAGAUGAGGUUUGUGUAAAUGGGAUGAUCUCCUAUAUGACUGAUAGCUGUAACUGUUCAGACUCCAGUGAUAUUGAGUUAAGUGACGAGUGGGUUGGACGAAAGUCACCGAAGCUUUCCAGAGGAAACAGGUCUCCUAAGCUUCAUAGGUACUCUAAACAUAUAAGAAUUAAUAUGGAAUCAAGAAAGUCUCCCAAACUUUCUCAAACAUCUCAAGAAAUGUCUAGGUCUCCUAGGUUACCAAAGAAGCCCACAGUUCGGUCUCCAAGUCUUACUCGAAGAGAGUUUCCCAUUGAUGGCUUUAGUGAGCAUAAUUACUUGGCCCAGGUCACGUCUAACAUUUGGGGAACAAAAUUUAAGAUUGUUGGUCUUGCCACCUUUUUGCCAGCUAACUUGGGUGCAGUUAUUUAUAAAACUAGUUUGCUACACUUGCAACCUCGUCAGAUGACGAUCUAUUUGCCUGAGGUGCGUAAAAUUUCCUUGGAUUUUAUGAGUCUCCCAGUAUUCAAUCCCAAUGUGUUCAGUGAGGAUGAAGAUGAUUUACCUGUGAUGGGACCUUCUGGAGUGUCAACGGACAACCCUCCAUGCACUGUUAAUAUUCCCAUCGCUCCAAUCCACAGUCCUGCUCAAGCCAUGUCACCUACACAGAGUAUAGGUCUUGUCCAGUCUCUACUAGCCAAUCAGAACAUUCAGCUUGAUGUACUCACCAAUCCUACGGCCACCGCCACUGCAGCAGCAGCUGCUGCGGCCGCAGCAGCAACAGCAGCAGCAACGGCAGCAGCAGCAGCCACAGCGGCAGCCAGUGCAACAGUCUCUGAGCAAAGUCAGGACACUUUGACAGCACAGUACUCAGUGCCAACAAGAUACUCAAACCCUGGACAGGUGAUAUUCAGUGGACUGGAAAUGAGUAACAUCCUAAGUGGAACUCUUCCUCCACCUCCACAUCAUCUGCCACAACAACGUCAACAACAACAACAACAACAACAACAAGAUCAUCAACAGUCAAAACAUCAACAGCAAUUGCAACCACAACAACAUCAUUUGAAAUUGCAACAUCAAUCACAACAGCUACAUCAACAAUCGCUGCAGCAGCAACACCUGCAACAUCAGCAGCAAAUGCAAACACACCAACAUCAACAACAGCUCCAGCAGCAACACAUACAACAUCAGCAGCAACUGCAAGCGCAGCAUCAUCAUCAACAACAGCUGCAGCAGCAACACCUGCAACAUCAGCAGCAAUUGCAAACACAGCAACACCAACAACUGCAACAGCAGCAUCAACAGCAGUUGCAACAACAGCAACUGCAUCAGCAGCAAUUGCAACAGCAGCACCAACAGCUACAGCAGCAAAUACAACAGCAUCAACAACAAAUUCAUCAGCAACAAUUCCAACAGCAGCAGCAUCAACUGCAGCUUCAACAUGAGCAAAUGCAGAAGCAACAACAACAGAUGCAACAGCAGCAGCAACAAAUUCGACAGCAAAUUCUAGAGAUGAGGCAGCAGCAGCAACAGCUUCAGCAGCAGCAUCAACAAAUACAGAUGCAGCAUCAACAGAUGCAAAGACAGCAUCAGCAAAUGCAACAGCAGCUCAAAAUGCAGAUGUCUCUACAGCCUCCUCCUUCAGGGUAUGCUACUUUAUCCCUGCACCAGUUACAUCUGAUGCCUCAAAUUCCACAUCCAGACCAGCCACCAGACAGAGGAGAACAAGUUCUUACUUUAAAAGUCCCAUCACGGCCACAGUCGUUUAUUGAAACUGACACUCUUGAGGUUCAGAUGCGCAAGGUUAACCCUCCACCACCAUAUCCGGGCACAGUGGUAUCUGCAGCAACGGCUGUACCCACCACUGCCCCUCCUGGUCUUCUUAUUAGCAAUGAAAAUGGCAAUACGUUGUCAGCAGAUGCAUGUUUAACUAAAGACGAAUUCUCUCUUCAUCCACUUGGCCUCCAAUACCCGACUCCACUAGGCUACGAAAGGAUCACAACUUUUGACAGUAGCGGAAAUGUAGAAGAGGUGUGUCGCCCACGGAGACGUUUGUUAAGGAACCAAAAUGCCUAUGGGGUACAAGGAAUGGGCAGCUCUGCCACACUAAAAGUAACUUCAUCUGAGAACAAGAAGGUCCUGCUGCCAUAUAGCUCAGCAACCCUUAGUCGCCUCUCAGUGCCUAGAUAUUCUAUACCAAGCGGAGACCCACCACCAUAUCCUGACACAGUCAACCAGAUAAAUACCAUCAGGAGUCCCACACAAAGGAUUGACAGCAGUCUUAUUCAUGCCACUUUGCGUCGAGAUCGAAGAGAACCUACCUUGAAGGUUACUCAAAUGAUGGACGCAGUGAGAACUCUACCAACAAAAUCAAAAAUGAAUGGUUCCCUCACUCUCUCCUAUCAACCUAGGAUACCCACAGCAUUGUAUACGUGCACUCAGUGUAGCAGCAAUACCAGCAGCACUAGUGUAAGUGUCACUGGUGGAGGCACCAAUAGCAGUGGAAUUGCUGGAGGAACUGUGGUUAGGCAAGAGUUUCCACCUGGCAAAGGGGCUCAACACAGCACCAUAAUUGUGCACUCCAAAAGUGCAUCGCCAUUAGCUUCCCAGUCCUCCUAUAACCUCCUGAGUCCUACUGACAACAGUAGAGACAGAACUGUAUAUGUGAACUCUGCCUUUACAGAAGAUGAGACCCUAAGUCAACAGUGCCAUCUUGAAAAAUCUGUACGCCAUUUAACACUCGGGGAUGUCAAUUUGACAGUCAAACGGCCUCCACCUUACCAAUGGGACUCUCCUGCAGCUGAACAACUCUGGAUACCACAAGAGCAAAAUUUAUUGCCUGUCCCACCAGGACCUCAUAAGCCACCACCAUUUAUACUUAGCCAACCGCAUAACUUAGACAUGAAUCGUCUACCUUUUGUUCUUUCCACAAAGCCUCACACUAGUCCAAAUUCUAUGACACUCCCUUCACCCUAUCAAUUAUCUCUUUCACACUUCCCAUCAGUGGUAGGGCAUGGUGGACCUCAACUGCAGUCUUUGCAGAGUCCCGGACAGCCAUGUGCUCCCAACGACAUGGUAACAUCAAGUUCUUUCAGCCAGCCAGACUCAACUUUAGUCCUGUCUCCAGGUUAUCCUGGUAAUCUGACUAAUCUAGGUUGUUGUACUCUUCCACCCAUGUAUCCGGGAGCCAGCUCCUGCAACAACUUGCAUCUGCAUUCAAUGAGCUUACAUCCUUGGAGCCCAUACAGCACUUGCCCUCCUGUGCCGGAUCACUCAGCCACACUUCCCAGUAAGAGCCAUCAGCUCCUUGAAAAGCCAGUUCUCUCUCCCCCUCCACAACCUCCCCCACCGCCUCCUCCUCCACCUCCUCUACCCCCUCCUCCUCCACCUGUUGAACGCUUGAACCAUCAAAGCACCUCAGAGGUGGUCGCAGAAGCUGGUGAGAGCUUUCAGGAGCAGAUCUCUCUAAAUGAGAGUCCAAUUCCACAAGGUGCAGAGAGGUUUAGCAAAAAGGGUCGUAAGAGGCUUGACAGUAGGGUGGAGGAGGCUAACAUGUCCGGUGUCUCUGAAGGGAAAUCAAAGAAGGACAGUCGAACGCUCACAGACUUCAAUUCUCUGAUCGCCAGCCCAAGGCUUGGCAGUAGGGAGAAGAAGAAACCUAAAGGGCAAAAGGAGCCAUUAAACAAGGCCAAGAAACUGAGUAGGACCUCCAAUGAGUUCCAGGACAGCUCAGAGAGUGAGCCUGAACUUUUUAUUAGUGGUGAUGAGUUGAUGAACCAAAGCCAAAGCAGCAAGAAAGGAUGGAAGAGCAAACGUAAUCUGAGAACGGCAAAUGAACUGGAGGAAAUUAAGUGCCGCAAAGCUAAUGAGAGGGAGGAUCGUAGUCUUGGCAGCCAGGGCUUUGUCUAUGUCAUGGCCAACAAGCAGCCAUUGUGGAACGAAGCCACCCAGGUAUACCAGCUUGACUUUGGAGGACGGGUGACACAGGAGUCAGCCAAAAACUUUCAGAUUGAACUUGAUGGACGCCAGGUAAUGCAGUUUGGCAGAAUCGAUGGCAACGCGUACAUCCUGGAUUUUCAAUAUCCAUUCUCAGCGGUACAGGCGUUUGCUGUAGCUCUGGCUAAUGUUACUCAGAGACUUAAAUAGAAAACCUCUCCAGCAAUCUUGUCCAUGAGAACUGAUGGACUUUCAAAAAGAGAUCAUUGUUGAUUGCAGAUUGUGGAAAAUGACCCUCUGCUGCCAUAACGUGCUAUUAUUUGUGUAAUGCCAGUUAGAAACCGAGAGAUCUGGUGACUUUCAGGCAGAGGAUACACAAGAAGCACAGUUGAUCUGACAAUAAAUGUAGUGCUUUGAAGAGGUACAAGCCGAUUUAAGGGUUCAUUGUGAAAGGAAGUCAUUUGGUUGUGUAUUGAUAGAAUAUGGUUUUAUUAACUAUAAUUUUUUAAUGUAUUAUGGUGUGAUUAAAUGCAAAGCUAAUCAUUAAAAUUUGAAAUGGAUGUUAGAUAAGAUGUUUUGCUUGGCUAUCCCUACCCCCAUUUUGUUCUUUCUUGACAUUUUUUGUGACAAAUUAAGAUUUUUUUAUGUUGUAAAGUGACAUUUUUGACUAUUGUUUGUCAUCAUUAACUUAAUGAAAAUGUUGAAGGGACAAAACAGCUUAUCUCAUGGCUCACUUCCAUGAAGUGAAAUCAGAGAUUAAAUAACCCAGUGUUUUCCCAAUUGUGGCACUAAAACGGCACAUUUUUAUGGUUAUGAAAAACCCACAUUUUCUCACAAAAUGUCUUCGUUGUAUUGCAUUCUUUGCACACUAUGUUAUUGCAGUAUCUCAGUAAUGUCCUUUUUGAACAAGUCAUUGCUUUUUAAACGUUAUCAGUAAAUAAUAGAAAUCAGAGUUUAAACUUUUUUUUCGAGUAUAGUCAAAUAUAUUAUGAUUGUCAUGUCAGUAACAUGACAGAAAAGUGCUGUAGUUAAAUGUACCUAAACAAAUUUACUUAGUUUACGAGUGUUCAGUGUACUUGACCAAUGACACUUUAGCACGAACUAUAUAGUAUGCAUUAAUUUAGCCAAAAAUGUCUUAUAUUACUGUAUAAAUCAAACUUAACACAUUGUAUAUUAUGCAAUUAAAAUGAAAAUGAUAUGUAGGAAAGAAAGUUUCUUCUUUUUAGUUGUGUUACAAUCCUGAUUGCUUAUUUUAAUUUCUUGUAGGUUUCUUAACAAUUAUAUUCGAUCUUAGUGGUUGAACAUGACAAAGCAAAGCUUUAUUUGUUGUUUCUUUGUUCCUGAAUUUCUUAAAAGUAAUUUUCUCUUUUGUUGUAUAAGAGUCGAUGGAUAAGAGUGAAGUAGUUGUUUAUAUGGAAAUUAUUCUUGAUGUUGUAUGCUUUGAGGAUUUGUAGUUGCAAUUAUUUCCAGCCACUUUGGGAUAUCCAGUCCCAUGCUAAAUUAUGUGGAAUGUGAGGCUUUAACUGUGCUUUAUUGCUUAAUUAUUCAAAUGUACAUUUUAAAAAUGUAUUUCGAGGAUGUCUUGGGUGCUUUAGAAGGUGUGCGCACAGUAGACUUUAAGUCAACCAAAUAAAAUCAAACUGGUUUGAUGAAGUCUGUGAAGAUUGUUUAUAUUUAUAUGUAUGGUUAUGGCAUCUCAUCAUAUGGUCAUGUGUAUUAACACUUCAUUAGAAGUGAUUAUGUUAAAGUUGGAGUUUAGCGUAUACUGGCAUGACAAAGUUAAAUGAUUUAAUUUAAAAUUAAAUUAUUAAAAAUAUAUAAUUAUAUAUUGUCAUUGUAUUGUAAGUAAAAGAAAUGAAUAAUAAAGAAUAAUGUUCUGUGGUGUAUGAACCUGACAUAUUUAAAUUGAAUUCAUUUUAAUAAAUGUUCCAUAGAAAUAUAAAAUAAAAUAUAUUAAUUUA